AUGGAUGAGGUAGAGCUCCACUUGCAGAUUUCAACCAACACCCGUAAAAGGAGUAGCAAGGAAGUAAGUGCUAGUGAAGAGGCAGUUGAGAUACAACAAAUGAAUGGGGAUAUUGGAGAGGGGAUUAUAGAGAAACAAGUAGAAAGUGAUAUGGAAUUUUGCCUUAAUCAUCUGGUUUCUCAAGAAAUUGAGGAAGCUGAUUUGUGUAUCUCAACGGGUUGUGGUGGCUGA